AUGCUGCGGAACGCGGGCGCAAGAGAGGUUCAUCUCCGUAUCGCGUCACCUCCAGUGAAAUUCCCAUGCUUCAUGGGAAUAAAUAUACCCACAGCAGAAGAGCUACUGGCCAGUAAGCGGAACCUCGCUGAAAUCACUGAACAUAUCGGGGCAGAUUCGGUGCAGUAUCUAUCAGUCGAAGGCCUUCUGAAGGCUGUACAGUCGGGCAUCGAACGGCGGACCAAUUUCGAUAUCGGUCACUGUACUGGUUGUCUUACUGGAAAGUACCCCGUGGCUAUCGACUUCUAG